AUGGAGCAGCAGCAGUCAUUUCCUGCAGCCAUAUCCAGCACCAUCACCUCCUCCUCGUCUCAACCUCAACAACUCGAUUCUCCAAGGCCAAUGACUCCGGCGAGCCCACUCAUGGAUGCCCAGACGGCCUUCGACCAACCCGUCAAGCUGAAAGGUCGACACAGAUUGCUUCAAGGCCUACAGCGCAUGUCUUCUUCUCCGUCCCUCGCCAAAUUGGGUCGAAACCGUUCGAGUGACAAGGUCUACAAGUCCGGCCAGAAAGCCUCCAUCUCGUGCGUUUCUCUAAACUCUCCGCCGUCGACAUACUCGUUAUCGCCCCACGCUUCCUACGCCUUAUCCAAUGGCUUCUCUACUGCGCCAACGACGCCCGGCUCACCUGGCAGCCAGCAGUCCUACUUUGAAACAAACGCCCGACUCCGAAUCUUAGACCCCAAUGAGAUCACCACCGUCCCCGUGCCAGUCGAUAUCCGUCCCUCGAAAUCUCUCUCCGCUCCCCUGCCUGAGAUCUCAGAGAAGCCUCUUCCUCGUCGACCCAACUUCAACUUUUGGAAAGACUUGCCAUAUGAAAUGAGAGUUUACAUCCUGGGGUUCCUAUCCCCCAAGGAGAUCAUCAGGGUCUCUGCAGUGUCCAAAGAGUGGCACGAUAUGUGCUUUGAUGGCCAGCUAUGGACGAGCCUCGAUUGUCAGACAUACUACCAACAAAUCACCUCGGAAGCUCUGAUCAAGAUCAUGCUCAAGGCUGGCGCUUUUGUCAAGAACCUCAAUCUGCGCGGAUGUGUACAACUGCGGGAUCAGUGGCUGAGUCUAGGGACGAGAAUGACAAACCAAGAGUGCCGGAACCUGGAGAACUUCAGUAUCGAAGGCUGCAAAAUUGAGCGAUCGUCCAUUCAUUUCUUCCUCCUCCGAAAUCCGAGACUUCUCCAUAUUAACAUGCCCAGCAUGCAGAACAUCAACAAUGCAACCAUGAAAAUUAUUGCUAGCCAUUGUCCUCAGCUCGAGCUGCUGAAUAUCGACUGGUGCUCCCAGAUUGACACCAAAGGUCUCAAAAAGGUCAUUCAAUCGUGCCCAAACCUCACCGAUUUGCGGGCUAGCGAGGUUCGAGGGCUGGAUGACAACGAGUUCAUGCUCGAGUUAUUCCAGCGUAAUACUCUGGAGAGGCUAAUCCUCCAGCAUUGCGACAGCUUGACAGACGAGGCUCUGAAAAUUAUGAUCCACGGCACGGAUCCCGAAAGGGACGUUCUGACUGACCGACCGGUAGUCCCUCCUCGGCGAUUACGACAUUUGGAUAUCUCACGGUGUCGAAGUUUAACCGACCGAGGUCUUAAAGCCCUUGCAUAUAACGUGCCAUAUUUGGAAGGUCUCCGGACGUGCCAGAACACGGCCCUGACUGACGAUGCCUUCGAAGAUCUCCUGCAAUCAACACACCGUUUGACGCACUUGGAGGUGGAAGAGGAUGAGCUUCUUACGAAUGCAACUCUGAUCAAUCUUUCAAAGUCAAAGGCGGCAAAGACGUUGGAGCACCUGAGCAUUUCCUACUGUGAGCAGAUUGGAGAUAUUGGCGUGUUGCCUCUUCUCAAGGCCUGCCCUCACGUCAAGUCUCUGUGCUUGGACAACACCAGAAUCUCGGACUUGGUGCUUAUGGAGGCCUCGGAGCAAGUCCGAAAACGGGGCAGCACGACCAAGAAGUCACAGCGGCCCGAAAAAGGCCUAGAGUUGGUUGCAUUUGACUGUGCCAAUGUCACCUGGGCUGGCGUCCGCGAGAUUCUGCAGGGAAAUGGCCGCGUCAUGCAAGGUCGGAAGAAGUCUGUGGUGCAGACAUUCAACGGCGAGGAUGAGUUCGGUGAGAAACAGGAGAUUCGGAAGGUGGUUGAGAUCCAAACUCUCCUUUAUCCUACGGAAAUCAUCCAUCUGAAGGCCUUCUACGGUUGGCAGCAAACGGUGGAGGAGCAUUACAAACGUUGCGUCACCGGCCGCUGGGGCGCUGCUGCCCGCUUAGAACAAAAAUGGGCUGAAUGGAUGGUCGCCAGCGAAGAGGUUGGUGUCGUCGGUCACGGCUGGAGUUCGAGGCGCCGAAGACGGCGGGCUCGCGAGGCCGAGUUCCGUGUCAGGGAUGAUGAAGACGGUGCGGCUCAAGAGAUCGGGACGGGCGAUGAAGGCAGUGGCCAGGAGUUUGCACCUGGACGGGCCCCAAGAGGAGGGCGGCGACGUGCCAGGAGUGGCGGGUGUGUGGUGAUGUGA